AUGAAGCUUGUCCUUGGUUCUCUCUUGGUCGUCACGACUGCCGCCGCGGCUGCCCCGGUCCAGCUCUGCACGCCCAACCGCAUGGUCGUCUCGGAGUACGAGAAGGUGCUCUACGCCGACCAGCUGCGCUACAACAGCAACGAGCAAUUCGAGUACGACCCGACAACCAAGUUGCUCAAGGUCAAGUCCAACGGCCAAUGCGUUUGCGCCGACAAUGGGAGUUGA